AUGGAGCGGAACAUCGACAUCUACGCCAGUAAGCUGGGGGAUGAGAAGCUGGACAUCAAACUCCGGGCCAAUGUCGCUGUCGAACUCCGCGAUAAUAUCGAACCUCUCUGCUCCGGCGCGAGCUACCCGAUCUUUCUAUCGAAGCUAUGGCCGGUCUUCAAGAACAUAUUGAGCGGCGAGCCUGUGUUCACAAAUGCGUCCUUGGUGCAGAAACUCCGAAACUGUGUUCUUGAAACCCUGCACCGGCUGCCGAUGAUGUCUCCCGAUGUCGAACCAUACGCCGCCGACAUGGUCGAUCUGUUAAUGGACCUGGUACGAAUCGAGAACGAGGAGAAUGCGGUGCUGUGUAUGAAGACUAUAAUGGAUCUGGAACGGAACCAGGCAAAGGCCACCGCGCAGCAAGUACAGCCGUUUCUCGAAUUGAUCCAGGAGAUGUUCCAGACGAUGGAGCAGGUCGUCCGCGAUACUUUCGACACACCGAGCCAAGCAACACCUUCAGGAAUGCCUUCAACGCCCGGCGCUUCCGCCCCAAACUUCCAGUCGCCGCGGCCUAGUUCGCCUGCUGCCUCCGUUCCCGAUAUUGGCGCCGACCAGCAGACGUCCAACAAUGUUUUGCUCAAAGGCAUGCACUCGUUCAAAGUACUCGCGGAAUGUCCGAUCAUCGUCGUCUCGAUCUUCCAAACCCACCGGGCUUCAGUGGCAGCCAAUGUCAAGCUCUUCGUGCCGUUGAUUAAGAGUAUCCUGCUCUUGCAGGCAAAGCCGCAGGAGAAAGCUCACGCAGAGGCCGCAGCAAAGGAAACCAUUUUCACCGGCGUUUGCAAGGAGAUCCGGAAUCGUGCUGCGUUUGGAGAGUUCAUCACUCUUCAGGUCAAGACCAUGAGCUUUCUUGCAUACUUACUCCGACUACAACCACAUCAGUUACAGGAUUUCCUCCCUACGCUACCGUCAGUGGUCGUUCGACUCUUACAAGAUUGCCCUAGGGAGAAGUCGAGCGCUAGAAAGGAGCUUCUUGUUGCUAUCCGCCACAUCAUCAAUUGUACAUACCGGAACAUUUUCCUGGACAAGAUCGAUCAGCUUUUGGACGAGAGGACUUUGAUCGGGGAUGGUCUGACUGUGUACGAAACGAUGCGGCCAUUGGCGUAUAGCAUGCUCGCAGAUCUCAUCCACCAUGUCCGGGAGCACUUGACUCGCGAUCAGAUUAAGCGGACUAUCGAGGUGUACACCAAGAAUCUCCACGACGAUUUACCCGGGACCAGUUUCCAGACAAUGAGCGCCAAGCUUCUUCUUAACAUGGCUGAGAAGAUAUCAAAACUGGAGGAUAAGCGAGAAGCUCGGUACUUCCUGCUGAUGAUUUUAGAUGCAAUCGGCGACAAACUGGCCGCCAUGAACUACCAGUACCCUAAUAUCGUGAAGCUCCACAAAGCGUAUCAAGCUACGAAGAAGGAGGAACCGGCGCCGGAGAAGUAUCUUGCUGACAAGGACCAACCGCCCGACUGGGACGAGAUCGACAUCUUUUCCGCAUCUCCUCUUAAGACCUCCAACCCUCGGGACCGUGGAGCUGACCCGAUCGCUGAGAACAUUUUCCUCUUCAAGAAUCUGAUCAAUGGGUUGAAGAACAUUUUCCACCAGCUCAAAAACUGUAACCCCGACCAUGUCCAGAUUGAUCCCGCGAAUGUUCCGAUUAAUUGGUCCGAGGUCUCAUAUGGUUACAAUGCGGAAGAGGUUCGCGUUAUCAAGAAGCUGUUCCACGAGGGUGCUCGAGUGUUCAGAUACUACGGUGUAGACCAGCCGGAACCAGAAGUCAACUUCUCUUCUCCAUUUGAUUUCCUCACUAGCCAGUACACGGCCCCCAUGCCGCGGGAGGAGAAGGAGCUUCUGGAGAGCUUUGGCACGGUUUUUCACUGUAUUGACACAGCUACUUUCCACGAAGUGUUCCACACCGAGAUCCCCUACCUUUUUGACCUCAUGCUGGAACAUGGCGCUCUAUUGCAUCUGCCGCAGUUCUUCUUUGCCAGCGAGGCAACUUCUCCUGCAUUCUCCGGAAUGGUCUUGCAAUACCUUAUGGACCGGAUUCACGAGGUUGGCACACCUGACAUGGCGAAAGCUCGGAUCCUGCUCAGAAUGUUCAAAUUGUCUUUCAUGGCUGUGACCCUCUUCUCCGCCCAGAAUGAACAGGUACUCCACCCUCAUGUUUCCAAGAUCGUCACCAAGUGCCUUGAGCUUUCAGUCACUGCUGAGGAACCCAUGAACUACUUCCUUCUUCUCCGCUCUUUGUUCCGAAGUAUUGGUGGCGGUCGGUUCGAGCUCUUGUACAAGGAGAUUCUUCCCCUUCUGGAAAUGCUUCUCGAGACCUUCAACAACUUGUUGUUGGCUGCACGGAAGCCGCAAGAACGGGACCUCUACGUCGAGCUUACACUUACCGUUCCCGCUCGUCUCAGUCAUCUCCUUCCGCACUUGAGCUAUCUCAUGCGACCCAUCGUUGUAGCGCUUAGAGCAGAGUCCGACCUUGUAGGGCAAGGACUGCGAACAUUGGAGCUUUGUGUCGAUAACCUUACGGCUGAUUACCUUGACCCUAUCAUGGCUCCUAUCAUGGAUGAACUGAUGACGGCGCUCUUUGACCACCUCCGACCUCACCCUUAUAACCACUUCCACGCUCACACCACCAUGCGCAUAUUAGGAAAGCUUGGUGGGCGAAACAGGAAGUUCUUGAGUCACCCUCCAGAUCUCACGUUUGAACAAUAUGCAGACGAUGCCCCCAGCUUUGACAUCAAACUCAUUGGGCCUAGUGAAAAGCGCCCAUUUCCCAUUGGCAUUGGCAUUGACCUUGCAAUUUCGAAGCUGAUGGAAGUCUCGAAACAUCAAUCCGAUGGUUACUACAAGCAGCAGGCGUUCCACCUCAUCUCGUCUCAGCUCAAGCUGUUCAUCGGAUAUGAGAAUAUCCCUGAUGACAUGGCUUCUCUUCUCCGCCUGCACGCCAAUGAUCUCUUUGAGAACAAAACUACCGCCAUGGCUGAUAUUCUCGACAAGUCCGAACGGUCUAGCUCGAUUCCUAAGAAACUUGCCCAGGAAGGGACAUUGAAGAAGCUUCUCAAGGCUUCCAUCUUCGCAACUACACUGCCUGCUCUCAAGCAGAGUGCUACCACUUUCGUAGCCGAUGUCUGCAAGCACUUUGCUAUGCUGGAAGUUGGACGGUCUUUGGCACAAGCUAGACAUAGCCGGAAGCCAUUUGAUGUCAGUUGCGGUGAAGGCUCCGUGUACCUGGACUCACGGGUCUUCGCUGAAGCCGUUGUCGAAUCGUUAUCCUCGGACAGCGGCGAGGUUCGGGAUGCCGCCAAGGUGGCUUUGCAAGUUCUCAAGGAUGCUGCAGUAACGAUAUUUGGGUCUGCCGAACGUGUGACGAAGCUACAAUUCUUCCAGCAUCUUGGCCGCGUAUUCUGUCAUAGCUGUCACAGCGAGGAGUGGUUUACCAAGGCCGGCGGUAGCCGUGGUAUUCACCUCUAUGCCACUGACCUGGACCUCGGUGACUCUUGGCUUUUCGAGAAGCAAGCGGAAUUUGUCAGGGCAUUGACGUAUGUCAUCAAGGAUACGCCGCCAGAUCUUCCAGCUAGCACCCGGGUACGGGCGCAAGACACCCUGGACUUGAUUUUGCGCAGAUGCUGCAAGAACAUGACUAAGGACGAUUUGAAGAACGAAAAGAGCCGUCUCUACUCGCUAUGCGGUUUCUUCGUCUACGAGCUUUCCCAUAUGAACAAACAUGUUCGUGAGGCUUCUCGCCGGAGCUUCUCCACCAUUGCUGAAGUUUUGGGAUGUGAGGUUCAUGAACUCAUUUUCCCGGUGAAGGACCGUCUGUUACAAUCAAUCUUCAACAAGCCUCUCCGCGCGCUGCCGUUUCCCACGCAGAUUGGGUUCAUUGACGCCAUCACCUUUUGCUUGAGCCUGCGCAAUGACAUCGUUACCUUCAAUGAUCCGCUCAACCGUCUUAUGCUCGAGUCUCUCGCGUUAGCUGACGCCGAUGAUGAGAAUCUUGCAUCUAAGCCGAACGAGUUCAAGAACGCCGAGAUGAUUGUGAACUUGCGUGUUGCUUGUCUUCGGCUCUUGUCAAUGGCGAUGAGUUUCCCCGACUUUGCAAAUACUCCUCAGAAUACUAGUCGCGCUCGCAUCAUCUCUGUUUUCUUCAAGUCGCUCUACGUCCGGUCUCCUGAUGUAAUUGAUGCGGCCAAUGCUGGUUUGAGGGAUGUCCUGACCCAAACUAACAAAUUACCGAAGGAUCUGCUGCAGAAUGGUCUUCGCCCGAUCCUCAUGAACCUGCAAGACCCUAAGCGUUUGAGUGUCGCUGGGCUCGACGGCUUGGCUAGGCUUCUGACCUUGCUUACCAAUUACUUCAAGGUUGAAAUUGGGGCUCGUCUGCUGGACCAUAUGAAGGUGAUUGCCGAUGACGCGAUCCUACAGAAGGUCUCAUUCAGCCUUGUCGAGCAAAGUCCUCCUAUGAAGAUCGUUGCGGCAAUUUUCAACAUCUUUCACCUUCUCCCGCCUGCUGCUACUUCCUUCAUGGAGCAUCUUGUGAACAAGGUAUUGGACCUGGAGGAUAAGCUUCGCAGGACUUCGAGCAGUCCGUUCCGGAAGCCUAUGGUUAAGUAUCUCAACCGGUACUCCAAGGAAAGCCUGGCCUUUUUCUACGCUAGGUUUAAGGAUGAGCGGUUUGGACGAUUUUUCGCCCAGGUGCUCGCGGACUCUGAAAGUGACGCGCUUCGUGCUGCUGUCGUCGCAGACACGGAUAGCUUCAUGACCGCGGCAUUUGGACAGGAGCAGACUGAAGGCAAGAGUACCGCCGCCAUCAAUGGUAUCUACGCUGUACAUUCCAUCACUUCUUUCGCUUCAACGAAGAACUGGCUUGUCUCCCAUCCCGACUUACGAACGAAGGUCAUCGCCUCUGCACGCGAUCUUCAGCGCAAGCUCCAUGGUGAUAAACUUCUCCCGAGCGAGCGUUUACGUGUUGAGCAAGCUGAAGACCAGAUCAUGGACAUCGUCACCGUCUACCUGGCAGAGUCGAUGCACGAUCUCGACUUUCUUUUCGAAGUCAUUGAUGGGUUGUCCGCAGGCGAUCUUAAGCGUAGCCUUGCCUUCCCAAAAUUCAUCUAUACGCACAUCAUCACCAAUGAAUCUAUUGACUACCGGCGUUCCGUUAUUAUGCGAUGCCUUGAUCUUUAUGGGCAGCGGUCCUGCUCUCAAAAGAUGAAGACCUACGCCUUCCGCCAUUUGGUCAACCCGAUUUUCGCCAUGGACGUCCAACUGACGUGGAAUAGCUCCCCUGAUGGCCCGAAGUUGAUGGAUAAGAGUAUGACUGAGUCUAUCCAGAACCGUCUAUGGAAGCCUCAGGUUGCAGACCUGAGUGAGGAGUCCAGCCAGGCGGGCGUCGACCACUCGCGCAUGGAGCUUCUUCAGCUGUCCGCGUUGUUGAUCAAAUACCAUCACGCCACGGUGCAGGAUUCACGAAAGGACAUCAUCAAGUUCGCCUGGAACUACAUCCGCCUAGAAGACAUCAUCAACAAGUACGGCGCCUAUGUCCUCAUCAGUUACUUCAUCGCGCAUUACGAGACUCCGAUGAAGAUCGUUGUGCAGGUGUAUGUCGCACUUUUGCGUGCUCAUCAGAACGAGGGCAAAGCUCUUGUGACUCAAGCUCUAGAUGUUCUUGCUCCCGUUUUGCCCACGAGGAUCCUUGCUGCAGCCAACAACGCCCAACCUCAGGACACGCGGUACCCGCUCUGGGCUAAAUGGCCUCGCCGUAUUCUCGCCGAGGAAACCGCGAACCUUCAGCAAGUCAUGAGUAUCUUCCAGUUCCUCGUGCGCCAACCAGACCUGUUCUAUGAAUCUAGGGAGCACUUCGUCCCUCUUAUUAUCCCUUCGCUGAUUAAAAUUGCUGCUCCCCCAACCAACCCGUCGCACGAUAGUAAGAGGCUUGCACUCAACCUCAUCAAUCUGAUCUGGAUCUGGGAAGAGAAGCGAGUGAAGAGCAUGUCGACACCCACUCAAAACGGCAUCAUGGAGUCACCAAACUCGAAAAAGCGUAAACUCGAUGACGCCCAAGGCACGUCCUCUCCGUCGCCGGCUCUUGGCCCUCCUGGAUCUCGUGAGCGCUCUGAAUACAUGGUUCCUCCUGACCAGCGCGCUGCUUUGAUCAAAUACCUUAUUACUUUCAUCACCACCUCCAGCGAUAGGUUCCAGGUGCCGGCCGCCAGGUUUCGCGAGCUUCAGUCUUCCAAGCAGCAAGGUCCAGUACACACUAGCGAUAUGCAGAAAAAGGCGGUUGGAUUGCUCCGAAAUUUGAUGUCGGCAGCUUACUGGGGUGAUCUGAACAUUGAGCUCUACCAGAAAGUCAUUGAGCCUAUUCUCACUCAAGACCGGGGAGACAAGCCCAUUGAGAAGUAUGUCACACCGAUAGUGAACGCUCUGCAGGUCGUGCGUAUUCUCCUCGCAUCUAAGCCCGACGACUGGAUUGUUUCCCGUGCCUCCCUCAUACAGAAGCUCUUCGAAAAGCCACUCCGUUCGGAUAAUCCCGAGGUCCAAGAUUCUCUGCACGGUCUUGAAGUGGACAUGGAUGUUGAGCCCAAACUUCCUCCUCCCGUCCAACGGGUGCUUAGUGCUCUCCCAGACGAUCAGCCGGAAGAUGAAGACGCAAUGGACGUUGAACACUCGCCUUCCGAGUUUGUUACUUAUCUCUCUGCGAUCGCGACCGAAACUCUCUCCGCCAACAACUAUAUCUCCAGUCUAAACAUCCUCUGGUCCCUCUCCAAGAGCAAACCGGCCGAAAUGGAUGCUCAUAUCCCCCAGGUCAUGAAAGUCUUCUCGCAGAAGCUGGCUAAGGAACAUGUUCUCGGUGCCUCUACUGCCAAUGGCCAGAAUGGAACUAAGCCGGAGGGUGCCCCGGACCCGCAGGAAUAUGAGAUCGGCAUCGACCUUAUCUUCAAGUCUAUCGAGUUGGUUUCCGUCCGCAUGUCUCACCUGGGUGAGCAGCGCCGGCCCUUCUUGAGUGUCCUUGCCCAGCUUGUUGAGCGAUCUACGAACGAAGGACUUUGCACCAAGAUACUAGACAUGGUUGAGACUUGGAUCUUCAAGUCUAGUGAAUCAUGGCCCACCCUGAAAGAGAAGACGGCAGUCCUCCACAAGAUGCUGCUUUUCGAGUCUCGACAGAGCCCUGAGAUGCUGCAUAAGUUCCUCGACCUUGUGAUCCGGAUCUACGAAGACUCCAAAAUCACGCGAACUGAGUUGACCGUUAGACUCGAGCAUGCGUUCUUGAUUGGUACGAGAGCCAAGGAUGUAGAAAUGCGCAAUCGCUUCAUGACCAUCUUUGAUCGAAGUCUGACACGCCUCGCGAGUUCCCGGUUGAGCUAUGUUUUGACUUGCCAGAACUGGGAUACACUCGCGGACUCGUUCUGGCUUGCACAAGCAUCUCAUCUAAUCAUGGGCUGUGUGGAUAUGACUGCACCGGCUCGUCUCCAUCCCGACGACUUCACGAUGUAUCCGCUUAACUUCUUGUUCGGCAAUGCUGAGAAGGAUCCGCGUCGGGCAGAACUCAUGGUGGACAAUCAGCUGGAGGCAUUCAUUGCUGAUCGCAAGCGGUUCCUUGGUGAAAUUGCUGAGGUUAAGGCUCGUGACUUGAUGGAGCCGCUCACUCAACUCCAACACACAGACCCCAUCACGGCUUAUAAACUGUGGACUACGUUGUUCCCCAUUUUUUGGUCGACACUAUCGCGGGAAGAUCGCAGCGACCUCGAAAAGGGAAUGGUGAGCCUUGUCACCCGCGAGUAUCACCAACGACAGGUAGACAAGCGACCAAAUGUUGUACAAGCUCUGCUUGAAGGUGUUGUCCGCGCAAGCCCCCGUUUUAAGAUUCCGCCACACGUCCUGAAGUACCUAAGCCGUACCUACGACGCCUGGUAUACCGCUGCCACUUAUUUGGAGGAAUCGGCCAUCAACCCUAUCAUCGAUACUCCGACAGUUCGUGAGAGCAACCUUGACGCUCUGGUGGAGGUAUAUGCUGGCUUGCAAGAAGAUGACUUUUUCUAUGGCACUUGGCGAAGACGAUGCAAGUUUGUUGAAACGAAUGCCGCUCUCUCGUAUGAACAGCAGGGUAUGUGGGACAAGUCACAGCAACUAUAUGAGAGCGCUCAGAUCAAGGCUCGUUCUGGCUCGAUUUCCUUCUCCCAAGGUGAAUAUUACCUAUGGGAAGACCACUGGCUCAUCUGUGCGCAGAAGCUGCAGCAGUGGGAUAUUCUCAGCGACUUUGCGAAGCACGAGAACCUGAACGAUCUCCUCCUGGAAGCCGCGUGGAGGAACAUCGAAAACUGGCAGAGCGAGAACAACCGCGAGCAGCUGGAAUCUCUUGUCAAGUCUGUCUCUGACGCCCCGACUCCUCGGCGAACCUUCUUCCAGGCGUUCAUGGCGCUUUUGCAAUUCCACAACAAGAAGGAGAACAUCCAAGAGUUCAACGGUGUCUGCGACGAGUCGAUCCAGCUUUCCAUCCGCAAGUGGCUGCAACUGCCUAAGAGCAUAACCAACGCCCAUCUUCCGAUCCUCGAGCACUUCCAACUCCUUGUUGAGCUUCAUGACGCGAGCCACAUCUGUUCCAGUCUGUCGCAAACCAACGAGCGCAACCUCGACACCAAGUCUGCAGAGCUUAAGCUGCUGCUCGGAACGUGGCGAGACCGUCUUCCCAACCUGUGGGAUGAUAUCAAUGCUUGGCAAGACCUGGUUACGUGGAGACAGCACAUCUUCCAGUUGAUCAACGCGACAUAUCUCGGACUACUGCCACCCCAAACCAAUAAUGUCGCCAGCAACUCUUACGCAUACCGUGGAUACCAUGAAACAGCCUGGAUCAUCAACCGCUUUGCCCAUGUCUCCCGGAAGCACCAAAUGCCAGAGGUUUGUAUUGCACAGCUCAGUCGAAUCUACACCCUACCGAAUAUUGAAAUUCAAGAAGCGUUCUUGAAGUUGCGUGAACAAGCCAAAUGUCAUUACCAGAACCCCAAGGAACUCAACAGUGGUCUGGAUGUGAUCAACAACACGAACCUCAACUACUUCGGUGCGCAACAAAAGGCCGAAUUCUAUACACUCAAGGGCAUGUUCCUCGCAAAGCUGAACCACGUCAAUGAGGCGAACGAGGCAUUCGGUGUUGCUCUGUAUUAUGAUUUGAGAUUGGCAAAGGCGUGGUCCGAGUGGGGUCAGUACAGCGACCAGCGAUUUAAGAGCGAUCCCACCGACUACGAACUGGCAAGCAACGCUGUUAGCUGUUACCUGGAAGCUGCUGGCCUGUACAAGAAUUCCAAGUCUAGAAAGCUGCUCAGCCGGAUCCUCUGGUUGCUUAGUUUGGAUAACGAAGAAGGUGCAGUGGCGAUCGCGUUUGAGAACUUCAAGGGUGAUACACCUGUUUGGUACUGGAUUACCUUUAUUCCCCAGCUGUUGACAAGUCUGUCUCACCGCGAGGCGCGUCUGUGCAAAGCCAUCUUGGUUAAGAUUGCCAAGCUCUACCCCCAGGCUUUGUUCUUCAUGCUUCGUACCAACCGUGAAGACAUGCUCAACAUCAAGAAGCAGCAUGAUCAGAAGCAAGAAAAGCUUGCCCGUGCUCGAGCACAAGCCUCCCCGCAAAACAAGCCCACCCCAGCUGUAAACGGGACACAAGCCGCAAACGGUCCCCCCUCUGCCCAAGCUCAGGCUUCUCCCAACCGACCAGCUGGUCAGCAGCCUGCACAGACUCAGCCCGGGGGCCAACUUCAGGCUCAAGGCCAGGCUCAAGGCCAGGCACAACCUCAACCCCAGCAAGGGCAAGGACAAGCCCAGCCGCAGGUCAAUGGCCAGAGUCCCGCUCAGAGAACCGCUCAACCCCCCGCGGCUGCCCAAGGCCAGGCUCAAAACCAGGUACAACAGCAGCAGCAACCGCAAGGGCAGCAAAAUCUUGAAGUUCCUGGACAACAAAAUCAGCCAGCACCACAAGUACCGAAUACUGGAGCCGAACCGGAAAAGGAACCUUUGAAGAAACCAUGGGAGUAUUCUGACGAGAUAAUGUCGGGUCUCAAGACGGCCUUCCCCUUGCUUGCUUUGUCGAUGGAGACCAUGGUUGAUCAGAUCCAAAAGAACUUCAAGUGCCCACCCGAUGAGGACGCGUACCGCCUGAUCGUGGCGCUGCUGAAUGACGGUUUGGCGUAUGUUGGCCGCAUGCCUGGAUCGUACGCUCAGGACUUCAAACUGCCGGCGGCGACGGAAGCCAACAUUACCCGCUUCGCCGAGACAAUCCUCCCACCUCAUAUCCGAAAGUCCUUCGAAGCCGACUUUGUUGUCAAGAAGCCAACCAUGUACGAAUACAUCCAGAAGCUUCGCCGCUGGCGUGACAAGUUCGAGGAGAAGCUCGAUCGACGACCCCAUAUCCAGUUCUUGGAGACCUACUCCCCUCACCUCAGCGAAUUCCGUUUUCUCAAAUUCGACGAGGUUGAGAUUCCAGGACAGUAUCUCCAACACAAAGACAAGAACCAAGACUUUAUUCGCAUUGAUCGCUUCUUGCCUGAUAUUGAUCUGGUGCGCGGCAUUGGCGUCUGCCACCGUCGAUUGAAGAUUCGCGGUCAUGACGGAAGUGUUCAUCCAUUUGCUGUCCAGCACCCUGCCGCCCGACACUGCCGACGCGAAGAGCGAAUUCUGCAACUGUUUCGCAUCUUCAAUGGAGUGCUUGGCAAGCGCAAGGAGAGCCGCCGGCGAAAUCUCAACUUCCACCUUCCUCUCAUGGUUCCUUUGGCUCCUCACAUUCGCUUGGUUCGUGACGAUCCGUCGUACAUUUCCAUGCAGGGCAUCUACGAGGAUUACUGCCGACGCAUUGGCAUUAAUAAAGAUGAGCCUGUUCUGUUCACAAUGGAGAAGAUGAGGGCUUUGGCAGAGACAAAACAGAGCCGCACUGCCGAACAGCAGCAGGUUCUCAAGACCGAGAUGCUCACGGCUAUCCAAGAGAAAUGGGUUCCUUCGACAAUGGUGCUGGACUACUUCCAGAAGAUCUAUCCCAACUUCUCGGAAUUCUGGCUCUUCCGCCGCCAGUUUGCUUAUCAAUACGCCGCCGUUGCAUUCAUGACCUACAUGAUGCACAUGGGCAACCGGUAUCCGAACAAGAUCAUGAUCUCGCGCGCGACAGGUGACAUCUGGGGCUCUGAGCUCAUUCCCAUCAUCAACCCGAACAAGGCCUUCUUCUUCAACCCGGAGCAGGUGCCUUUCCGCCUUACCCCCAAUAUCCAGACGCUGAUGGGACCUAUUGCUGUGGAAGGUCUAUUUGCCUGCGCGAUCAUGGCCAUUGCUCGCUGCCUGACGGAGCCACGCCACGAGCUAGAGCAGCAGCUCAGCAUUUUCGUCCGCGAUGAGAUGAUGUUCUGGGCUACCACCCACCACCGCGACCGUGUCCUUUCCCCACAGCAACUCCGGGACCUGGUCUACAACAACAGCGAUAUCAUCGUCAACCGCGCCGUCAGCCUUGCCAGCCCACCGGAAGGCAACCUGCCCGCGAACCAGACCACCAUUGAUCUUAUCUCGAAGGCUGUCAACCCGCAGCAUCUGGCUAGUGGUGACGCUUUGUGGAUGCCGUACCUCUAA